UGCAAAUAGCUGAGCUUACUAUACAAUGAAAUAGUACACUAAAUAUUAAUAAAACAAUUUUUGCCCACUUACUAUUACACCUGUCAAGAAAAUUAUCUCCAACCCUACAAGCCGAACAUUAAAUAAUACAGUACUGUACAACGAAAUUAUAAACAUUACCCCACCCCACACAACUAAUUCAGUGCUGUUGAUGCCAUGUACUAGCUUGUUCCAGAUUUUCUUUCUUAUGGCCGACCACCACAGCCCCCACGGAUGAGUGAAUCCGUGUCAGGAUCCAAGUGUGGGAGGUACUUGGAAGUUGUAAAUCUCUCGGCUGGCGAAGCGAGCGCACACUUGCAGUGAAGACGCCAACGAAACACACCGCCUUGCUCCUUCCCAGCUCGUGACGCACCGUGCCCGGGCCACUCGCGUUGUUCUCCUCAACACCUUUUCGCCUCUGACCCGCGGGAAGGAAAGAAGGGAGGGCGGACAGACGGUUGGACGACGUCCCUUUGGCCAGACAUUUACCGGGCGGAUGAAGCUCAACGGCGGACGAACUGCGCCCUGAUGUCACGCUCUCCACCGCCGCCGCCGCUGGCCGCAGCUGCUUCUCCGCGCUCCUCUCCGGUGUUCUUCACUCGUCCACCUCCACCUCCGCCGGAUCUCUCUCCGCAGCUGCAGCCACUUGGGAAUCAACAUCGCCGGGGGAGCUUUGCCUUUACCACCUGAGUGACAACCUUUCGGACCGGAGGCAAAAGGUGUCGCUUACUAAACCUUAGACGAGAUUUCUCCAGUCGCCACCGCCGCCGCUGUCACCAUUACUCCGCAUCCAGGCCUCCCGCGCCCCUCCUCCCCCUCGCGCAGCGCAGCCACAGAAGCGUUGGCUGGAUUCCAGGGAGGCUCUGAUCCUUCAGCCACUUCAGUCACGUCUUCACCGCUGGCUGCGGGGCGGCCCUCGUGGCCGGGAUGCCACUGCGUGCCGUGCCAGUCGGCAGUGGACGGUGAGGCCCAAGAGGAGGGGGCCGAGUGCAGGCGGCUGAGGGGGGGCAGCCCGCACCAGACAGGGGACAUGAACCUCUGCUGGAACGAGAUCAAACGCAAGUCGCACAACAUCCGGGUGCGUAUAGAGGCAUUCUCGGACAACAGUGGGAAGCUGCAGCUCUCCUUGCAGGAGAUCAUCGAAUGGCUGACAGCAAAAGACGAGGAGCUGUCGGAGCACCUGCCCAUAGGAGGCGACGUGGGGGCUGUGCAGCACCAGAGGGAAUUACACCAGGCUUUCAUGGAGGAUGUCAAGUCUCGAGGGCCAUUCAUCUACUCAGUUUUGGAGUCCGCCCAGUCCUUCUUGGCUCAGCAUCCCUUCCAGGAACCGGAGGAGACCCUGGCAGAAGGCAAAGAGGUCUCACCUCGUCGGCGGAUUCUGAAUGUGAGCCGAUCGGUGUGGAAGCAGGCUAACGUGGCGAGCGACCUGUGGGAGAAGCUGACGGCACGCUGUGUGGACCGACACAGACACAUGGAGAGGACGUUGGAGCGUCUCCUGCAGAUCCAGGCGGUGAUGGAGGAACUGGCGGUGGCCCUUGAGCAGGCCGAAGGCGUGAGAGAUGCAUGGGAGCCCGUGGGAGACCUCUUCAUUGACUCCUUGCAGGACCACAUAGAUGCCACCAAGCUUUUCAAGCAAGAACUGACCCAGGUGAAGGAGGGAAUGAAGCACAUCAAUGACCUGGCCCACCAGUUGGCCAUUUCCGACGUCCAUUUGUCUAUGGAGAACGCUCGCGCCCUGGAGCACCUCAAUAACAGAUGGAAAUUGCUUCAGGGUUCCAUUGAGGAGAGACUAAAGCAACUCCAGGAUGCGCAUCGAGACUUCGGUCCUGGAUCGCAGCACUUCCUUUCAAGUUCUGUGCAGAUACCAUGGGAGCGUGCCAUCUCACCGAACAAAGUGCCAUAUUACAUCAACCAUCAGGCACAGACUACAUGCUGGGACCACCCAAAGAUGACAGAACUCUACCAAGUGCUUGCGGAUUUGAAUAACAUCAAGUUCUCGGCAUACAGAACGGCCAUGAAGCUGCGGCGGGUUCAGAAGGCUCUCAGAUUGGAUUUAGUGGCGCUGAACAACCUCGCCGAGGUGUUCCGGGAGCAAGAGCUCCAUCAAGCGGAGCACGUGAUGGACGUGGUGGAGGUCAUUCACGGCCUGACGGCGCUCUACGAGAAGCUGGAGGAGGAGAGGACCGUUCUGGUCAACAUUCCGCUCUGCGUAGACAUGUGUCUCAACUGGUUGCUCAACGUCUAUGACAGCGCUCGCAACGGCAAGAUGCGCGUGCUGAGCUUCAAGAUGGGUCUGGUGAGCUUGUGCAACGCCGACGUUCAGGAGAAAUACAAAUAUUUAUUCCGUCAAGUGUCCGGCAAUGGAGGCUUAACGGACCAGCGUCACCUCAGCCUGCUGCUCCAUGAGGCCAUCCAAAUCCCGCGCCAGCUGGGUGAAGUGGCCGCUUUUGGAGGCAGCAACGUGGAGCCCAGCGUCCGCAGCUGCUUCCGCAUGGCCUCAGGAAAACCAGCCAUCGAGGUGUCUCAUUUCCUGGAGUGGAUGAGCCUGGAGCCCCAGUCCUUGGUUUGGCUACCUGUACUGCACCGGGUGACCGCGGCCGAGUCCACCAAGCACCAGGCCAAAUGUUACAUUUGCAAACAAUGUCCCAUCAAAGGCUUCAGGUAUCGCAGUUUAAAGCAGUUCAACGUGGACAUCUGCCAGACGUGUUUUCUAACCGGACGCACUACCAAGGGCAAGAAGCUGCACUACCCCAUCAUGGAGUACUACACCCCAACCACUUCGGGAGAGAAGAUGAGGGACUUCGCCAAGACUCUGAAAAAUAAGUUUAGAUCAAAGCAGUACUUCACCAAGCACCCUCAGAGAGGUUACCUGCCCGUUCAGUCUGUGCUGGAGGCUGACAGCUCAGAGACGCCGUGCUCGUCCCCUAAGCUGCCCCAUGCAGACACGCACAGUAGGAUUGAGCAUUAUGCCAGCAGAUUGGCGGAGAUGGAGAACCAGAACUGUUCCUUCUUCACGGACAGCCUCUCUCCUGAUGAAAGUCUAGAUGAAGAUCAGUACCUCCUGCGUCACCCCAGCCCGGCCUUGGACCAGGAUUCUCCCUGCGGGCAGCUCAUGCUGCUGGCCCACCUGGAGCACCAGGACAAGGAGCAGCUCCGGUGCACCCUUGCCCGCCUGGAAAACGAAAACAGGGUGCUCCAGAGCGAGUACCGGCGCCUCAAGUGGAAACACGAGGAAGCGGCGUCACUUCCCAUGCUGACGGAGGCCGGCGAGGGCGGACCGGACUCGCCGGCGGCGGGCGGCCAACAGGACGAGGAACUCCUGGCCGAAGCGCGGGUCCUGCGGCAGCACAAAACUCGCCUGGAGACGCGCAUGCAGAUCUUGGAGGACCACAACAAGCAGCUGGAGUCGCAGCUGCGCAGGCUGCGAGAGCUGCUUCUUCAGCCCAAAGAAGACUCCGAGGCCAACGGGUCAGAACCAUCGACCUUGUCCUCACCCGUGUCUGGAGGGGGUCACCACGGGGGGGCAGCCAGCAGGGACACCACUGACACUGAAGCAGCAGGCGAAGACAUGGAGCACGAGCAGGACACAGUGCUGCAGCUCCAGGAGGUCAUCGAGCAGCUGAGAAACGUCUUUCCCUCCGAACCGGGCACCACAUCACACAUCUAAACAAAUGCCUACAUGGCUCCAGGAGCUCCACAUGGCCCGGUUCGGGUCCCCUUACAGCAGCUAAACCCUGAACUGCAACCCUGUGCACUAACAAGCCUUUUUAUCAUGCAAACUGUAUAAGGCUGAUGUCCGUUGGGUCCAAACAGUGUUGGCUGGCUAAGCUGCUUCAUGGCCUGCUGCCGGACGCCGUGUCAACCGGCCAAAGGUAAACUAGUGUUAGCCAAGUGGAAGGAGACACUGUGUGUGUGUGUGUGAAUGCGUGUGUGUGUGUGUGUGUGUGUGUGUGUGUACAUGUACACAGUUGUUUAAAGGUGUGCAGCUUUAUGCAAGUGGUUCUCAACCUGGGGUCCUCGGACUCCCUGGGGUAGGCAAGUCAUAACUUGGGGCUAACAAUCAUUUGCAAAAGAUGAACUGUUUCGAACAAAGUCAAAGAGGUGCGAAUGCUAACAAGGUGAUCAAUCAUAAUAAUAAUAAAAAAGGCAUAGUUUUAACAAUACUUUUUUGGGGGGGAGGUGGGGCAUUUCAUUUAGAUUACACAGGAAUCACAAAUAUCUCCGCUUGUGUGAGAAAUGCAAAAGGCGAGGUUUUCUUGUCGUGUGUUCCUCGGCGAGGCGGACUGCGGUUGUCUUACGUCCGCCGCACCCGCCGGCAGCUUAUUUGCGCCGCGCGAGCGACACACCAUCACUUCAAUCCAUGAUUUAUUUAUGUACGACAGCCAAAGUGCCCGCUAGCCCUGCGCCUCUGUUUGCACACACCGUCGCUCUAAUCCUCUCCAAAUGCUUGUCACUGUCAUUGCCGCCAUUCCGCUCACGUGUUCGCACUUCACCGAGUCGCGGCGUCCGUUCAUACGAUGGACGGCGAGGCGCCGCUUCAACGAAGACACAAAUGAAGUCUAUUGUCAUUUACAAUUAUGGAUUCACGAUGUUUCCCAUUCCGUCGACGUAACUUUUACAGCCAGAGGGAGAGGUGGGACGAAGUCCCAUUACCGUUAUUGGAUCAUUGCCGAAGUUGGUAGUUCUCCAACUUUUUACACCAAGUACCAUCAUCAAAACUAGGGUUGAAUUGAUUAAUGGCGGGCCUUUUUAAAAAUCAUCGGCCGGAGUUAUGCGAACUGAUGUACAAUUACUUUUUCAUCCGACUGUAAACCCAGUUCAGUUGGCAUGGGCAGGACAUAAAAGACAUUCAAGGCUGACAGAGUUGUAAAAUAAAUAAAUAAAUCCUAUAUUUUAGAUGUUCAGGCAUCGCCCCCUCCGACCGCAUUUUCUGUGUGUUGCAUUUUUAUCUGCAUUUUGGGGAUACAUUUUAGAGAGCAAUUGAUAUUUUUUGGUUCCAAAAGCUUUUCAGUGGCCAUUAGAUACAGGCAACUUUUGUCCGUUCUCAAUCCUCCGUGAAUAGCAAAAGUCGACUCAACAGUAAAUUAACAAGUUUUUAAACAAAUUUUAUCUGAUGGAUUGGUUCAUCUUCUGAUUAGCUCGGUGAUCGGUCUCUGUAAGUGAAUCACACCAACAAGUGUUUUUGGUAAAUCAGGCUUUGUAAGAGCAAGAAUUACACACUUGUUACACACUUCUUGCAGAGCCUGAACACCAUUUGUGUUACCUCAUGCGUGGGAUGCCUCAAAAAUUGGUUGAAGAUAUUUAAAAAUCUGGAUGUGUGUACUGUAUUCGCUCGUUGCGUUUCUCAUAUUGUUCUGAAUUAAAAAUAAAUACAAUAAAAGUAAAGAACAACUCGGCUUAUGUGAUGAUGUCUGACAUGGCAAAUCCAUCCAAGCUGAGCGUUUGCGGUCUUUUGACCCAUUCGGGGAAGAAGCAUACAUUGCGACCCUUUAUAGGCUGCAAAAAGAGUGUGAAGCCGUGAUAUUCGGGUGGGCUCCUCUCAGAGUGAUCUGAAUGACAAGCAAGAAAAGGCGGGGGAUAGAAAAAAAAAGAAUCCUCACUCUUCUUGUUGCUGGAGGCGAUGCACUUUGAUCAGCCUGUCACAACACAAUCCACUGCGUGGAGAAAAAGAUGCAAUUUGGAACCUGAAAAAGCAGACUUUGACCUUGCGCGUUGACGUCAUUCUCUCCGUUGAUGUCGGCGUGUUCGUUGUGAUGCGGUUGCUAGGGAACAGCCCACAAGGAUGCAGCUGCACGGAAAGGUGACGGGCUCCUCAUACAAAUGCGAAUAGGCGUAAGCGGGAUGCGCUAAAGGGCGACUCUCUUCAUCUUUCAAGCCUGUAGCUGUUCAGCCACGAGGAUCCUCAUCACCUUUGGUGGUGUAUUACACAGUAAUUACAAAUAAUUUGAGAAAAGAAGUCAUCAUCUUUACAAGGACUUAGACAUCUUUUCUCGCGCUAAAAAUACAAUAAUGUCAUCGUUUUCAAACAAAAAUGUGACAUCAUGCACUUCAUAUUUUAAGCAUUAAACUGACAUUUUAGGACAAGGCGAACCUUUAAAGACAAACAUUUUUGAAAUAUUAAAAGAAAAUGUAUGCCACUGACUUAUACUGAAUACAUUUAAAAAAGGCUCAAGGUCGUGUAACAAAAGUUGAACAUUUAAUUAUGUGAUUCUUUUACCUACCGCUAAAGGGAGCUCAUGUACCACACAUUGAGAACCACUGCUCUAAAAAAAAAAAAUAGUUUUUUAAAAAGAAUAUAUUGCUACUCCCACCCCUAAAAAAGAAAAAAAAGCUUUAUACAUGAGGAAAUGUCAGCUUCAUUUGAGGAUGUGUCACAAUCAUGUCAAGUUUUUAAAUGGCCCCAAGCUAAGGUAGUUGCCGAUUAAUAAUAAUAAUAAUAAGUUUGUUCAAGUGUCACUCUGGCCCUCAAGUAUAGAUUUGUACUUUUUAAAAUGAAACAACAUGACAACUUGCUCCAAAUUAUUUGACAGACUCAUAAACUCUGCUUCACUGGUCCCAGUUUGACAAUCACUGUUGUACUUGGUACAAGCAAAUGACUGGAAGGACACGUUAUGUUCAUCAACAUGUUAUUCCAAACUGUGACAACAUAAAUAAACAUACAAACUACACACAUACUGUACUUGCUUACCCAACAUGUCAUCAUAUCCGCCCCGAUGUCUGCUAUUGUGAGUCCGAAUCAUAUCAAUCUUUCAAUCCAGUGAUUGAUCAAUCAUCUGUUCGACCUUAACACGUGAGUUUACACAAACACAUUUUACUGUUAAAUACGUUUCUAUUGUAACAUCACCAUGAAUAUACCUCAUUAACCAUUUCAUUGUAUUCCUUUGAUGGGUUCAACAGUGUUUUGCAAGUGUGUACGAACACUUUGUAUUGUAAAGAAAAGUGCUGGCUUACUGGAUGCUUUCUACUCUUUUUGUGUACAGAAAUAAAAAGUUUCCAUUUGUAC